AUGGCCUGUCCCAACUUUGGAAAGCGGCAGUCGAAACCGUCUCUCGGCUUUGAUCCGAGGGGUUCUCUUUUGUCCGGAAAGCUGCAACAGCUGGUGCUAAAGUACACCGCAAGUUCGGCCUUGAAUUUGUCUGUAGUAUUUGUCGGCUUGAUCGAUGAGACUGUGAGUGUGACUACAAUUCGAAAUGGACCUCCAUUCUGUCAACAUCGGUGUCGUCAAACUCACAGGUACGAUGAAACUACCGCCGCUACGGCCAGCUUUCUGCCUACCACUGUGAGUGGAUUAGUGCGCUGUGGGCGCACCGCCCAAAAUGGCACGACAACCAAUCAGGGCACGCGAACGAGACGCGCGAGUCGUCAGAAAAAAAUCAAUAAGCCCUCGCUGCGGCUGCACGCGCCUGCCCCACCAGCGUAUCACCCGGUGUCAUGUGACGCUCACGUGAUAGCCUUCGACAGCCGUGGUCUGAGGCCUGAGGUGAAAAUGAGUGAGGUCUCUUUCUACAGCCUCGAUCACCCACUGAGACGGUUUCACAUCUCGCUGUUCCUGAAACCGCCGAGAGCUAUCAACCUGAAACGACAUAUGAUCAGGACUAUAGUCUCUCUGGUGCUUGAUCAUCCAAGCCACACCUACUCAAAGAGUUGGGGAGAUGUCAGUUUCAUGACUCACCAACAGAGGAAGCCCGUUGUAUCAGAAAGUCUAUGA